GACCAAUCAAAACGCGAGUUUGAGCCUUAUUCGCAGUGCACUGCGUGUGGAAAGUUAAAAGGAUUUAAUCGUUAGCGAUCGGCUGGGGAAAACAAUUAAAAUUGGUUGCCAUCCCUGCAUUGGAGUCAUAACCUCGCUAAAAGUGUGGUUGCUUUGUUGUGGUUCACAUUCUAUACGGAAAUACGAAAAUUAAGCUCUGACAGUGUAUUUCGACUCAAUGAUUUAUUUUCUACCACUGUCCAGAAACGACAUUACGUAUUCACAUCAUGGCUUCUUGGAAUGAACUAGACUUGAAGCCACCACCAAAUUUAACUAGCAAAGUUACACCUUCUCAAGUCUCAUUUUCAGAUCUGAGGAAGCUAUCGGACACGUGCUGGAAUGCGCUUACAUUGCUAAAAAAUCAAGAGACAUUAUGCUCAGAGGCUGCCACACUAUCCCGUCUUAUCCACCGAGUGAGAUCCAUGUUUCGAGGUGACAAAGGAUAUAAAUCAAUACAAAAGGUACAUCAGUGUUUGCGCAACUUUCUUGCAAUAAACCUUGUUUCUGUAUAUGAGAAUUUUUUUCGCACUGUGCCGUGGGAUUGUUCAGACAAGGAAAUCUUUUGUCCAACCCGUCAAAUGUUAGAAUAUGUUCUCAUACGCACUCAAGGAUUUGCUGCAUUGUUAUCGAGAAUUGUACACACAUGUUUAGAAGCGGCAUCCUUCUUGAAAGGCCGAAUGAACUUAGGCCACCACUGGCCGGUGGCUUUGCUCUGUUUGAGUGCUGUAAGCCGCAUUUGGUCAUUGACGAAGCAUUUGUUGAAUUCUUGUAUUGAUUGGUAUGCUGUAAUGCUUCCAUAUUUAAAUAAGUUUCAAUCAAAAGGCCCAUUGUGGCUUUCAGAAAGCUAUGUGUUCCCACUUGAUCUCACAAAGUGGCUCUCUCUGCCAUGGAUGGGUACCAUUGAAUCACACAAUGAGAGCUAUGAGAAUUUAGAUGCUCAAAGUUAUGGAAAUUUUAAUGCCAGCAUAAAUCCAGAGCCAGCAGUUUUUUCUGGACACAUACAUUCGAAAAUAGCAUCAAUCCAUGAUGAUGUUGGGGUAUCACUUAGUCGUGCCUCAUUUCCAAUCUCAUCAUCUUCUGUGACUUCUGAAAAGAUACUUAAAAAUGAAAUACCGCCUAAAAGUUCUAAAAAGCUAAAACUAAAAAGUCAUGAUGAUGUUGGAGUGUCAAUAAGCUCUUCAUCAAAUCCAUUUUCAUCAUCAUCUGCAUUGACUUCUCAAAAGAAAAUUGGGAACAAAAUUACUGCCAUAAGUCACAACAAGAAAAUACCUGAAAGUCAUUUUGAUGCUCGAGUGUCAAUGAGCCGUGAAUCGAAUUCCAUUCUGACUUCUGCCAUUACUUCUCAAGGGGAAAUCAAAGAUAAAUCAGUUGGGAAAAGCCCCAAAACCUUAAAGCAGAAAAAGAUGGUUAAAGAUGUGCAAAGUGAAAUGGACAAUAAUCCACCAAAGAAGUUGAAGAAAAAGGCAAGCAAGGGUGAAAAUAAAAUGAGUGCAAUAUCAUCCAUUAAGUCUCAAAAUGAUGUUGACGCACUUUUGCUAAGUGAAACUAGAAAGCGUUCAUUAACACGCUCACUUGGUGAACAGCAAUGGUUGUUACUCAAGAACUUAGUCAGCAAAUUGAACCUGAAACUAAAGAAAGUCCAAACAGAAAAGAAAAAGCAACAGCUGUUGGAGCAAAUUAAAAGAGCUUUUCAAAUUGCCUUGUCAUAGUAAAAUAAAUAAAAUAAAUGAAUUCUUUGUUU